UUUCCAGAAGUGAAAGUAGAAACCUGAACAUAGAAAGCUUUGUCUGUUUCUUUGUGAAAGUUAAUAACUCUUUUCCUGCUCCUAACAGCGUCUCCCUUUCACCGACAGUAGAGAAAGAAGUCAUACCAAAGAUGAUUGUUUCCAGUAUAUCAAGCAUAAACCAGAGCUGAUGUCACACCGCUAGUGGAGAGGGACCUUGUUCCUUCUCAACUGUGCCUUGUGUUGUGGGAGGACGCAGAGCCCAUGAUCGGGACACAAAACAAAGAUUACACAAGUUGCUUUUAUACUCUAUUUUCUGAAAUCAUCCACAAAUGGCAUCAUCCAGCAGUUUCCUGUCUGAGGAGCAGUUCCAGUGCUCUAUCUGUCUGGAGGUGUUUACUGAGCCAGUCUCUACUCCGUGUGGACACAACUUCUGCAAGGCGUGUAUCGGUAGAUACUGGAACAACUCUUGUCACUAUAAGUGUCCACUGUGUACAGAGAAAUUUGAUGCAAAGCCUGAGCUCAAAACCAACACAACACUCAAGGAGAUUGCAGAUCAUUUUCGAGCCAUGACGGUAAGAGACAGAGACGCAUCCACUGCCAAACCAGGAGAGGUGGUCUGUGAUGUCUGCACUGGGAGGAAGCUCAAGGCUGUCAAGUCCUGCCUGGAAUGUCUGACCUCCUACUGUGAGACCCACCUGGAGCCUCACCAGAUGGCCCCGGCCCUGAGGAGACACAAGCUGCUGGAUCCCGUGGAGAGCCUGGAGGACAGGGCAUGUGGCCUGCACAACAAGCUCCUGGAGCUGUUCUGUAAGAAUGAUCAGAUCUGGGUGUGUCAGACUUGCAUCGCGACAGACCACAAGAAUCACCACGUGGUGCCGCUGGAGAAAGAGUGUGGAGAAAGGAAUGCUGAGCUGAGGAAGAUGAUCCAGGAAAGACUCCACAAGGUCCAAGAGAUCAAACAUUCAGCAGAGCUCAGUCAGAGAAACACAGAGAGAGAGAUGGCGGACUGCAACAGGGUCCUGAUGGAUCUGAUGAGUUCCCUUGAAGGUUGCCGGGCUGCACUCACUGAGAUGAUUGAGAUAAAGCAGAAAGCAACGAAGGAACAGGCUGAAGGGUUUAUUGAAGAGCUGCAGGAGGAGAUCUCUGAGCUGCAAAGACGAGCCAAUGAACUGGAGCAGCUCUCACACACCAACCUCCACCUCCUCCAGAGCUCUCCACCCCUCUGCCCCCCCCCACUCAGCAAGGACUGGUCAGAUGUCAGCAUCCACCUGGGUUUGGGGAAAUUCGGGAGAGCUCAAAGGAGCUCUGUUGCUCAACUGGAGGAGGCUGCUAGGAGAGCCUUUUCUGAGCUUGAGGAACUCACCAAGACAAAGGAAGGGAUGCCUGACUUGAAGGCAUUGCAGCAGCAUGCCGUGGAUGUGACUCUGGACAUUGAUACAGCACAUCCUAUACUCUCCCUGUCCAGGGACAGGAAACAGGUGAAGUAUGAAGGCUUGUGGAAUUUUAUUCCUGACAACCCAAAGCGGUUUCAAAGCUUGUUGGCUGUCCUGGGGCACAAAGGCUUCCACAAAGGGAAGUUCUACUUUGAGGUGAAGGUUACUGACAAGCUUGAAUGGUCACUAGGGGUGGCCAGUCGUUCCAUCACUAGAAAGAAACCCUCAGCCGGUAGACCUGAGGACGGAGUCUGGGCUCUAACCUUUCAGGUGAACAAGUUUGUAGUGUUGAACCCCCAUCCAGAACACAUACACCCGAGACAGAAGGUGGAGAAGGUGGGGGUGUUAGUGCAUUAUGAGGCAGGUCAGGUGUCCUUCUAUGAUGUGAAAAACAGAUGGCUCAUCUACUCCUACUCUGGCAUGACCUUCACUGACACACUCUACCCAUACUUGAAUCCAUGCGACAAUGAGUUUGGCCCCAACACAGAACCCUUGGUCAUCUGUCCAGUCGAACACAAACAAAUAUAUUUUAAUGAUUCUGAUUAAGGAGUCAGGUGGCUGAGCGGUUAGAGAAUCGGGCUAGUAACCAGAAAGUCGCUGGUUCGAUUCCCGGCCGUGCCAAAUGCCGUUACAUUUACAUUUAG